AUGAGCGCGCCCGACCUCGAGGUGUUCUUCAACAUGGCUCUGAGCCUCGGCAUGCCCGCCGACGAGGUCGACCGCCUGCGCCGCAACCCUGAGCAGCUCCGCUCGGUCAUCACCGCCCGCGGCGGCCUCCCGCAAGGCCCGUCCCUCAGGCCGAGCAAGGACCCGGACGAGUGGGCGGCCCUGUACAAGCAGAACAUCGAGGCGGCCAGGGCCCAGUUCGACCUCGAGCGCGCGCGCCCUCAGCGGUACCCGCCCGCGGCCGACCGCCUCUCGACAAUCGCUAAGACGGAGCACAUGCGCAGCGAGCAGGCCAAGAUGGAGGUCCAAGACGACACUCAGAUCCUGUGGAACUUUGUGGGCGUCGGCAAACAUGCGUCGUCGACGCCGCUCGACCAGCUCAAGCCAAUUCGCUUCAAGGACAUGAUGGUCACCAAGAUGCACGCGGGUCGGUUCUUGCUUUGCCGCAUCGUCUCGUCGCCGAUCAAGGUCGUCGGGCUCACGUGCGUCGUCGAGGACCAGGACGGUCGCGUCGACAUGCUCGCCAUCUACAACGUCUCGCUCCACGGCAUGGUCACCGGGCCCGACCUCGACUUGCUGUUCCCUCGCGGCACCAUCCUCGCCAUCCGCGAGUCGACCUACAAGCCCAACGCGACCGGCACUUGCUACGUCGUCCGCAUCGAGACGCCGACCGACUACGAGGUCCUGUCGCCGCAGCACCCGCUCGUCAAGGGUGCGAGGUGGGCCACGUCCUCGCUCGCGACGCCUCGCUCGGCCUCAUUCGACUACAAGGCGCUCGGCAACCGCUACUUCGCCGCCAAAAAGGACCUCCUCGCCGUCAAGGCCUACUCGGACGGGCUCGACUCGACCGACGACGCCGCCACGCGCCUCGUCCUGUUCCUCAACCGCGCUCAGGCCCACCUCCGCCUCGGCAGCUUUGCCUCGGCCCUGCGCGACACGUCGGCCGUGCUCGGCUUCCUGUCGAGCGAGGUCCCAGGGCCUGCUCUCGCCGAGCUUAAGGCGACGCUGCGCCGCGCGAGGGCGCUCGAGGGCCUGCGCCAGCUUGAGAAGGCGCGCGAGGCGUUCGCUCGCGUCGUCGAGCUUGACCCGACGAGCGCCGAGGGUCGCGAGUGCGUGCAGCGCGUCGAGCGCAUGCUCCGCGAGAGCGCGACGGGCGAGUACGACUGGCGCCAGAUCGUCAAGGAUUCGGACGAGGGCGUCGACGAGAAGGAGCUGUCGCUCGGCGACUACGUCGGGCCCGUCAAGGUCGUCGAGAUCAAGGGCCGCGGUGGCGGUCGCGGUAUCGUCGCGACGAGGGACAUCAAGGCGGGCGAGCUGCUCCUCGAGGCGUUCGCGACGGGCGAGGCGACCAAGGGCCGCCUCGUCAUGGGCUACGACCUCACGCGCAACAUGGCCAGCCGCGCGUCCAAGAUGGCGCUCGUCGAGGCGUGCGCCGCCAAGGUCCAGGACGACCCGUCGGCUGCAGCGCUCCUGUACGCGCUCCAUGGCGGCGAGAAGGCCGAGCCCGUCGGCGCGGCCGUCCUCGGGGCGCAGCAGGACCGCGAGCUCGACUCGUCGUCGCAGCCCGCCUUUGCCGACAUCGCCCGCAUCGAGGGCAUCUGCCUCGUCAACGCGUUCAGCCUGCGUCGCACGAACAUGUGCGACGACGACGCCGGCCACGACCUCGUCGAGGACGGCGGCUCGGCGCUCUUCCUCGGCGGCUCGCUCUUCAACCACUCGUGCACGCCCAACGCCUCGUGGACCCUGUACGGCGACGUGCAGGUCGUCCGAGCGCGCGCGCCCGUCAAGGCCGGCGACGAGGUCUUUGCCGCCUACGUGCCAGCCAGCUCGGCGCCCGAGAAGCGCGACAGCCUCUUCAAGCUGCACUUCCCCAACGGGUGCACGUGUGCUUACUGCGUCGACGAGCGGCGCGACACGCCGCAGCAGGUCGCUCGCCGUGCCGAGCUCCUGCGCGCCAUCGAGCAGCUCGAGGGCACCUACUCGCGCCGCCAGCAAAGCUCGUACCGCCACGCCCUCGUCGGGCCGUACCACAUCUGCGCGCACGUCCUCAGCCACCCGCACUUGCCCAACUCGAACCGCCUCGCCAACGUAUACGAGCUCAAGGCCAUCUCUGCCUCGGGCGCCGACGUGCGCGAGACGCCCGACGGCGGCGAGCGCGUCGAGGUCGUCUCGGCGCCGUACACGGUCCCGGCCGAGCGUUCGCUCGCCGAGCGCUCGCUCCUCAAGAUUGCCGGCCGCACCAGCGACGCCGAGGCGCCCAAGUGGAUCAAGGCGGCGAGCGACGUGGCGCGCAUCACGCACGGCGUCGACUGGGACGGGUUCGUCGAGCGCGCCGACGAGGACCUCGAGAACUUUGACCUCAAGCGCCUCGUCGCUCGCCUCUCGAGCGCCGAAGCCUGA